CGCUCUCGCGGGCGGCAGGCGGCGGCGGGAGCCGAGCGCGCGGGCCGCUCUCUCAGCGCGCGAGCGCGCCGUCCCCUCCCCUCCCCCCCCGCCCCCCAUCCCGUCCCCGCCGCCAUGUCGGAGGAGAAGCCCAAGGAAGGCGUGAAAACGGAGAACGAUCACAUCAACCUGAAAGUGGCGGGGCAGGACGGCUCCGUGGUGCAGUUCAAAAUCAAGCGGCACACCCCGCUGAGCAAGCUGAUGAAGGCGUACUGCGAGCGGCAGGGCUUGUCAAUGAGGCAGAUUAGAUUCAGAUUUGAUGGACAACCGAUUAGUGAAACAGACACACCUGCACAGCUGGAGAUGGAAGAUGAAGACACUAUCGAUGUGUUCCAACAGCAGACAGGUGGAGCGUGUUAAGACAUACCGUCCUUUUGAGAAGAGGAGUUCAAGGAUCCUCAUCACACCUCACUCUCUCAUCUGUCCUUGGAUUUGCUAUUAAACAGUAAACAAAUGAACAUGCCAAUCACACGGAAUUCUUCUAAACUUUAGAGGACAUUUACCAAAAUUGCUUGUUGUCUUUGACGUACUGCGUGUGCAAGUCAAAACAGUAUCUGCAGGGAUUAAUCUAUAUCUUAAAUUGGGCCAAUUUGAUUUAAGUUCAGAUUAAGUAAUAUGCGUUGUCUCUCUGCUGUUACCUUUUUUUUUUCUUUUUUUUUCUUUAAACCUGUGGCCUAAAUAUUCAUCCAUGUGUUAGGACAUGGAGUGUUCAUUCCUGGUUCUUGUUGGUCUUGCCCCUCUGUUUAAUUCUAAUCAUGUAAAUAAUUCAGUAUAUUUUCAUGCCAAUUGUGAGCAUAAAAGUUUCCUUUUAAGAUACGCCUAAGAGAAGGAAAAGAGACGCUGAUUUUAAGUUUUUAGUGCGUGUUGCAAACACAGUUACUUCAGAAGCGUUAAGCCUGUGACACGAGGCUGGUACAUGCAGAUACGAUGCUUAGUAUAGAGUUGGAGUUUAAAAUAUUGCAGAUUUACAUAUGCUUUGUCAUAUUAUGAUAAAGUCAUCUGAAAUAUACUUUUUUAAUGCAGAAA